UCCCCGCCCGUCUCUCCUCCUCGUAUGCCAGGGAUCUCCUUAGCGAGUCGUCAGGCAUGCGGUCCUAGAAUUGUUCAACACGCGCAACCGGAAGUUUUUCCUAGUUACCUAUACUAUAACUCGGGUUUUCGGCAUCAUGGCCAUCCUCAACGCACCAACAACAACGCCAAGCGUCUCUCUCUCAAUGAGAUCAGAUGUGAAGUGUACCACUUAUAACCGCCACCAUCCGAGUCUUCCACUGCAAUUUCGGCGACUUCUCGGCCUAGCCUUCCUUCUGCUCUCAAAUAUCUGCCUGGCCGCCGGCGUAGUUGGUCAUGCCUUCUGGGUGGGGGUGCUCAAAUUUCUCCUCGCAUCCAAAACAUUUGCCAUGGCAUCUUACGGCUUGACAAAACAGCUUUGUUGGACCGUGUGGGACAGCAGACGGUCCCGGCGGGUCAGAAAGAGAAUCGAGUUUGAGUUUUUUGCCCUGGUUUUAGGACCAAGCGGGAAUAUAUUGCUCCAGUUGCUCUUUUGGCCUGGGUGGCUCGCCCCGGCCCUGGUACUCGGGUGGCUCUGGGUACAAUCCAGGUGAUAGUAAGUUGGAGUCACCACCUAGAGUACCUCCAGAGCUAAAGCUGACUCCAAAGCUGGACAGCCUAUGAGCCGAUUUAGCAGAUGAGCAAGCCGCCAAGCACAGAGUAACCACGAGC